UCCGCCCCGCUUGCAGGGCAUGGCGGCGUCGGUGCAGGAGAGCCUGCGGCUGCAGCUGCUGGAGAUGGAGAUGCUGCUCUCCAUGUUCCCCAACCCCGGCGAGGUGACGCUGGAGGACGUGAACGCGCUCACGGCCGUGAGACGCUUCCUGGACGGCGCCCGCGACGCGCUGCCGCCGCGCAUCGAGUUCGAGGUGGCGCUGCGGGUGGAGGAGCCCGAGGCCACGGUGGCCCUGCAGGUGGCCCUGCCGCACCUGUACCCCUUCGCGGCGCCGCAGCUCUUCUGCCGGUCCCCGGCGCUGGACCGCGGGCAGCAGCGGCUGCUCAACGACGGCCUGGCGGCGUUCGUGGGCGGCCUGGAGCCCGGCGAGCUGAGCGUGGGCGCCGCGGUGCAGUGGCUGCGGGACCACGGCGCCGCCUUCGUCCCCAGCCCCGCGCGGGGCCCCGCGCCGCCGCCCCGGCCGGCCCGCAACACCUUCGUGCGCCUGUGGGUCUGCAGCCACCGCGUCUACCAGCAGGACCUGCGCAAGAAGAUCCUGGAGGCCGGGCGGCGGCUGGGCGUGACGGGCUUCUGCGUGCCGGGCAAGCCGGGCGUGGUGUGCGCCGAGGGCCUGCAGGGCCGCUGCGAGGCCUUCUGGCGCGCGCUCCGCCACCCGAGCUGGCGCCACGUCUCCUGCAAGCACGCCGAGCGCGCCGAGACCGACGGCGACGGCCGCGACCUGCGCCUCUUCCCCGCCUUCGCCGAGCUGCGGCUCGACGCCCCGGGCGGCGCCGGCGGCCUGCGCCGCGACCACCGCCUGGACCUGGGCCGCUUCCUGCACUUCCUGCGGCAGCACCGCAGCGAGCACGUCUUCCAGAUCUUGUUCGGCAUCGAGAGCAAAAGUGCCGACCCCUAG